CCUAUCCCGAAACAUUACUUGGAACGAUGUUUCACGAAAGAAAUAGAGAAUUAAUUCACCCGACCAAUGGCAACGAGUAUUUCUUUGAUCGAAACAGCAGAGUUUUUCAUUACAUCUUGGAAUUUUAUCGUACCGGAAAGAUCUUUUUAUUGGACGAGAUAACAGGAUCAAAGAGCUCAUCUCUAGACAUAACUCAUCAAGAGUUAAUUGAAGAGAUAAAAUACUUUCAGGUCCCGUUGCCACGACGAGACGUUCCAACCGAUCAAUAUCAUGCCGAACUGCUGGAUAAAUUUGUGGAUGCAUUGAAGGAAGGUAUAUGUGAGGCGAGAUAUGAUUUUCACAACAUCUUUGGUGCCGAAUUUGCACCCAUAGGAGCUGGCAAAAAAAUCUUUGUGACCGUACCUCCCGAGGGUAACUUUAAGAGAUUAUUUGAACCGUUUAGAUACAAUGGAUACAAGAUUAUAGAAUUGUUUGGCAAAGAUAUCGAGGUGCACAUUAAAUCUUUGUUUCCGGAUAUUACGUUUUCGAUUAUCGAGGGCGAGGUGGAGGAGAAUGAUGUUGGGUAUAAGGUAUAUGUAAUCAAGAUUGAAAUUGGUGAUGAGGCAUGGGAUCAGAAUGCUAUCCUUAGUAAAUCUAGUCUUAGGAAAAAUCCGCAAAAGCAGUUGGAAAGCUAA